AUGAAACCAGGAUUUUGGAUAGGAAUAGAUGAGAAAUUUCUGGUUAGAGAACCAGAUGUUAAUCAAUUAAUACUUAUGAAAGAUGGAGUACUUAACUAUGUAGCUGAACAAGUAAUAAAGCAUUUUGAUCAAGCCAAAAGAGGACAUGGACUCAUAGAAAUUCAUUAG